AUGGUGCUGCUGGGCACGGCGGCAGUGCGGGGCAGCGGGGCGAUGGUGCCCCGCGGCUUCUGGGCGGCGGUGCGCGUGUGGCUGGAGAAGCCGCAGGUGGCCAACAGGCGGCUGUGCGGCGCCGCCAUCGAGGCGGAGGGCGCGGUGUUUUUCGGGGAGGAUGGAGAUACGUCUCCCCACCUCGGGGGCGGCGAGGAGCCGGCGGGGGCUGUGGAGCUGGGCCGGCUCUGGAGGGAGCUGCGCGGGGAGCUGCUGCCUUUCCUUGCGGCCGGGGCAGGUCGGGAGCUGCGUGCUGUGCUGAGGGUUCUGCUGCCCCGGGCGCGGCCCGCGGGGCUUCUCGCCCUGCCGGUGAAGGAGCUGGUGGUGCAAGAUGUUUGCAAUGGAACUGCAACCUUUCUGCCUUUGGAGGAAAACAGCGAAGGAAAAUACCGAAUUAAAAAGUGCAAUAUAUAUCAAAUUCAAUUUACACACAUAAGAGAUGAGGAAUGGUCUGUGUCUAUUAUAGCUCCAUCUUCAAAAGAUUGGUUUUCAGAUGGAAUAACAUACCCCAAACUGUCAUGGCUUGGAGAUGUACUUUUGUCCAAACUGGCUAAGUGGUCUGUGAAGCAAAAAUGCAGUGAGUUCAGAAGUACGCUGUCACUCAUUCCUGUAGCAAAAUACAGCAAGGUUUAUCAAGACCUUAAAGAAAAAUACAAGGAAAUGGUAAAGGUAUGGCCUGAAGUGACGGAUCCUGAGAAGUUUGUUUAUGAAGAUGUUGCCAUUGCCACUUAUUUGCUGGUUCUCUGGGAAGAAGAGAGAAAGGAAAAAGGAUUGGCCAAGAAACAGUCAUUUGUAGAUCUGGGAUGUGGAAAUGGUCUACUGGUGCAUAUUCUUAGCAAUGAAGGGCACUUAGGUCGAGGAAUUGACGUGAGGAGAAGAAAAAUAUGGGACAUGUAUGGACCAGAAACUCAUUUAGAGGAAUCUUCUAUCGUGCCAGGUGACAGUCAUCUCUUUCCAGAUACUGACUGGCUGAUAGGAAACCAUUCAGAUGAAUUAACGCCAUGGAUACCUGUAAUUGCUGCCAGGUCUUCCUAUUUGUGUAGGUACUUUGUGCUGCCAUGUUGCUUCUUUGAUUUCCAUGGAAAAUACAGCCGAAGACAAAGCAAGAAGACUCAGUACAGAGAAUAUCUUGAUUUUGUUGCUGAAGUGGGACGUGUCUGUGGUUUUCAUGUGGAGGAAGAUUGCCUUAGAAUUCCAUCAACAAAAAGGGUGUGCCUUAUUGGAAAAAACAGGAUCUAUCCACCUACAGAACAUUCUUUGAUGGGUGAGCAGAUAAAGCAGUUUAUUUGUAAUCGUCAGACCUGUGCUGUGGUUGCACGUGACAAAGAAGAUGGAUUUAAUCAUAACGAUCACUCUGUGUGCAGAGGAGCAAGCUCAGAACUCCCUGAAAAUGUGAUGGAGACUGCUAAUGGAAUUUGGAUGCCUGGAUUUCAACCCAGAGAAAAAACAGAACAAACCAGAAAUUGUGCUGCCCUCCCUCGGGAUUUUGUAGAUGGUGUUGUUCUGAAUGUGGCAAACUUGCUGUUAAAUGCUGUCCCUGCAGGAUCAUGUUCUAAUACGCGUGGUGGAAAUAACAAUACCUGGAAUCAAGGAGAAAGCCUUUCCUUGAAAGAAGUAGCAGAACGUUUAAAUAAGGAGACUUUAAAGAGACUGAAAAGUGAAUAUGGAGGCCUGCAAACAUUGCUCAAGAACAAUCAUCAAGUAUUUGAAGUGCUAGAUGGGAGAGUUCAUAUUCGUGACUGGAGGAAAGAGAAGCCAUCAAGGAAAACUAAGCCUGAAGUAAAACGAUGCCUUUCAGCUGAAGCAUUUAAAACACGUCUCUGUUGGUUUUUCAUUCAUCAUCCUGACGGUUGUUCUUUGCCUUCUGAAUCUUGUCCAUAUGCUCAUGGGACUGAGGAGCUAAGACAGUCUGAGACUAUUAAAAAGAAAAAACAAAUACAAUGAUAAAAUGCUGCCACUUAUGUUGAAGCUUGUGUACAGAAGUGUAUUUGAUUGACUUUGGGACUGCUUAGUGCAUGAGAACCUGCAAAAUUUGGAGGUUUCUCUUCUUGUUCCAAUCUAUUUUAUUCUUCUAGUUAGUUUGCAAGUUCUCCUAUAUUUUAGUUUCUGUAACAUUUAUAUGAAAAGAUUAUAGUAAAAUGUCUAUACUUCUGGAUUUUGUUUGUUUUUCUUUAAUAUAAAAAAACAUACCAUUCCUUCUUUCUCUCAUACUGGUUCAAAAUGAUUAUUGAUUUGAUGAAAGCUUUCUGAGAAAUUGUGAAGGUUAGAACUUGGAACUGAUUACAGGACAAAUCUAAGGUUGAGUGAGUAAUGCAUCUGAGAAUUCUGUAAGAACACAAGGAAUCUGAAAAAUGAAGGAAACAAUUGAAGCCCAAGCAGAGGAGCAGUGAAAGAUGAAACUGGAAAAAUUUUCAGAACAGUUUCAAAGCCACUUUGUUUACUUCCUUGCCUUUCAGAUAGCAGAUUGCAAAGAACUCUCAGAAGUGUUGUGUUCCCCUCCUCUCCUUUUAUAUUUCUCUUCUGAUCUUGGAAAAAGAUAACUAACCUAACAAUUGCAGUAAGUCAUGUGUUACAUUAUCUACUGUGCUGUGUGUGCACUGCUCCCUUACCUUCCUCUAACGGGCGGUUUUUGACUGAGCCUUUCCCAAAGGCUCUGCAAUGGCGUAUAGACAUCUUGACUGUAACACUAAUCGUUACCUUGUUACACACAUUACAGGGCAUAAACAUUUUAAAGGAGAGAAACUUUAUACUUUGAGGGGUAUUUGAAUGUAGUUACGUUGUUGGAAUAAGGGGAAGGAGAAUAAAGUAAAGUACAGCUCUCAGGAGCAGGACAACACAGUAAGGUGAUAUGUAGUUCCUGUUGUAACAAUUUCUGAAAAAUGGUUUGCUUAAGAAGGGCAUGAGUUAAAAAAGACAUGGAGUUACGUAUAUAUUACUUGAACAUAAUUGAGUAAUAUUGUUGCCUUGGCUUUUGUUUGGCUACUUGCAGAGUAAGAGGAGCUCCUGGAGACGCUUACUUACUAGUAUGUUUGGUGACUCCUCCAGGCGAAGAUUUCGUUUCCACAUGUAAAAACCAGAAACAGACUUUAAAUUAUUUUCCAGUUAUUGCCAUCUUCCCUGAUGAUUCCUGCUGUGGUACAAUGUGUUUGACUAAAAAUGUGAUUUCCUGAAUUAGAAUUCACUCAUCUGUGCAGACUUUAAGUCAGAUGGAUUUGCAUUAUGUUGGGAUUCAGAAGCUGAAAAGGAUUGUUUUUAUUUCCUUGUUUCCGAUGAAGGGAGAAGAAAUACACACCUGACUGACUGAAGUUGAAGUUGCUAACACAUGCUAAUACUCUAGUGUUUUAAAACUGCAUUUUGUUUGUGCAAUGCUAUGCUAACUAGCAUAUUAAUAUAUUAGUGUAGCACAUUAUUUCCUUUGAAUAGUCUUUGUAUUCUAAACUCACCAACAUAUAGAUCUGUCUAAAUUCUUGAUCGCUGUUCUCAGUUUGACAUCACUGCAGGUGGCCAGCCGUCCAACGAAUCUGUAAUUACAGAGCCUUGUUUGUUUGGAGAAUUGGUAAUAGAAUGUUCUUUCUCCUUAUUUUUGUAUAGAAAUGUUAGCUUUAUGUAAGUUUAAAUAUACAUCUGAAGGUAAGUGCUAAAAGCAUAAAAAAGUAUUUUAUAUGA